UCGUAUAAAAAUCAUUCCCGUCGUUAACAACUUUUAUCAUUCGUCAUUUUUAAUUUUGUUCGGUUAUAAAUUUUUCGUUAUUGAUUGAUUGUAAUUCAGUCAUGUCAACAGUUGGUAAAGAUAUUGAAUGUUAUGCUGCCGUUGCAUGGGAAGCUAAAAAACCAUUAUCAAUCGAAAAAGUAACGGUUUCACCUCCUAAAGCUGGUGAAGUUCGUAUACGUAUCCAAUAUACUGGUGUUUGUCAUACUGAUCAAUAUACAUUGAGUGGUAUCGAUCCAGAAGGAUUGUUUCCAUGUAUUCUUGGCCAUGAAGGCGCUGGUAUUGUUGAAAGUGUUGGUGAUGGUGUGACGUCCGUACAACCAGGUGAUACAGUCAUUCCAUGCUAUAUUCCUCAAUGUAAUGAUUGUAAAUUUUGUCGAAGCUCAAAAACCAAUCUUUGUUCAAAGAUUCGUAACACUCAAGGUAAAGGUGUUAUGCCUGAUGGAACAUCACGUUUUACUUGUAAAGGUAAAACACUUUUCCAUUUUAUGGGUGUAUCAGCAUUCAGCCAAUACACUGUUGUGGCUGAAAUUUCUUUGGCCAAAAUUAAUCCAAAAGCACCAUUGAAAAGUGUUUGCUUGUUGGGUUGUGGUAUUUCCACUGGAUAUGGAGCUGUAUUGAAUACGGCAAACGUUGAAAAAGAUUCAACAGUUGCCGUUUUUGGAUUGGGUACAGUUGGUUUAGCUGCUAUUUUUGGUGCUAAAAAACGUGGUGCCAAAGAAAUCAUCGGCAUCGAUAUUAAUACUAAGAAAGAAUCUUUGGCAAAGAAAUUUGGUUCAACACGAUUUGUGAAUCCAAAAGAUUAUCCAGAUCGACCAAUACAAGAUGUUUUAAUCGAAAUGACCGAUGGUGGUUUAGAUUAUACAUUUGAAUGUGUUGGAAAUGUUCAAUUGAUGCGUUCGGCUUUAGAAGCAUGUCAUAAAGGUUGGGGAACAUCGGUCAUUAUUGGUGUUGCUGGUAGUGGACAAGAAAUCAGCACAAGACCAUUUCAAUUGGUUACUGGUCGUGUAUGGAAAGGUUCAGCAUUUGGUGGAUGGAAAUCACGUGAAUCUGUGCCAAAAUUAGUUGAAGAAUAUAUGGCUGGUGAAUUAAUGGUUGAUGAACAUAUUACCCAUCGUGUGGGUAUCGAUGAUAUAAACAAAGCAUUUGAUUAUUUGCAUUCUGGUGAUGCAUUACGAGUGGUAGUCGAUCUUUCUUAAAUGAUUUUAUGCAAA